AUUAGGUUCAACAAGUUCCGUGAGUCGUUUGCAGCACAUGAGCAGGCUUCACCGCCAAACUGACCAACAAAACUUGCUAGUUGGCAUGUCGAGCAACAAGACAAUCCCGCCCUAUGUCCAAGACGAGCCAGGCUCUGUCUUUCUGGCGAUCUACAGCGGAAUCAAAGUAUACGAGCUUCUCAAGGACUGCAUCCCAGUUAUGCGGCGCUGUGUAGACGAUUUCAUCAACGCCACGCAGGUUCUCAAGGCUGCGGGUCUGAACAAGUGUCAGCGGAACACUGUUAUCCAAAAGGAAGUCCAGAAGCAAAUCGUGCACGAUAAAGUCCAAGGCGGAUACAACAAGUUCCAGGGCACUUGGAUCCCACUUGAUGUUGCACGAAAGCUGUCGCAAAAGUACAAUGUGUAUGAAGAUCUCAAACCUUUGUUUGACUUUGAUCCAUCCGUCCAGAAGGCCACCCGACGACCGCCCGGAACGGCCCACCAUGUGGCCGCGACCGCCUUUCUGGCAGCCAUGUCUGCCCCCAAGACACCACUGGAAAUGCACCACGACCCGCGAAUGCAGAUCAAGUCGUAUGGCACCAAAGUAAAAGACCGGCCCUCCAAGACCGGAUACGAGUUCGUGGCCCCGUUGGCGGCCGAGUUUCCGAUUCCGGUCGAAUUUUAUCCCUUCUGGAUCCCAAUGGUCCGCGGAAAUCCGUCUCGUGCUUCACCGACACCCUCCUCGCCAAUCGCCUCGCCUACACUUCUGACUCUCCCGGAGCCCCAAGACGCCAUUGGUGGUAUGUGCACCUACAGUCCUGUCUCGCCCGAGCCAUGCUUGACUGAAGUACGGCCCAGCGCCCUGAAUGCUCUUCAGAAAGAGAUCCUGUCGUCCAUAUUCCUUGAGGAGCCGGCAACCAAGAUCAUCAAACUCCUUCAGCUUUCCACAUUGCCGAGUAGUAUCGCCCACGCCGUGGAUCUUGUCAAACGUCCAGACACCGACGUCGCUGUCGACAUGGUGCUCGAUCAUAGUGGCAAUACGGCACUGCACUGGGCUGCCGCUCUUGGACGGCAGAGCAUCGUCGCUGCCCUGGUGGAGUGCGGUGCUAAUGUUGCACUCAAGAAUGAAAACGGCCAAACACCCCUGCUGAAGGCCACAUCCAUGGAGAGCUGCUACGAAGCACAGGCAUUUGGAGGCGUUUUGUAUUGGCUGUCGGACUCGCUUUGGGUAAAGGACGACGAAGGCAACACCGUCGUCCACUACGUCGUUCGAGACAGCCUGCAGCCGCGCCGCCGGGCCGUGGGUGCAUACUAUCUCACGAUGCUCUACGAGUAUUUCCGCGAGCGCGACCAAGCACAGGCCCAGUGGUCGCUCUUCAAUGAAAAGAACCACCGACAAGAGAGCCCCUUGCACGUCGCUGUUCAAUCGGGCCAUAUCAAGAUCAUCAAGAUGCUUCUGGCAAUGCGGGCGAACCGGGAGAGUCUUGACGCCGACGGUCGCCUCCCUGAAGAUCAUGCGCACCUCCGAACAUGUGCCUCUGGAAUUUUCAAGGUCUUUUCCGAGGAUGAAGAUUGGGAGCAGUGGUCAUGGGCCCUGUGGUCAAAUGGGUCGUCGCUAUGCGAUCAGUUCGACCACGACCCAUUUCAAGAGGAGGAAGAGGACCAGCUCCAGAAUGCUGCUUUGUUUGAGCCAAGGCCAAGGAUCACCGACCGUGAGAGCGAGUCCGAUAACACCAGCGACCAAGUCGCUCCGCAUGAAGCUGAGGCCACUGUCGAUGACGAGAUGGAAUAUGCCGAGCCCGCAGCCUGUAUUUCGUGUGCUGGUGUUGGCGAGGGGCGCUCUUUGGCUUCCCGAGGACUCGAAACGCUGUGCUGGGCCGCUGGCCUUGCAGGGGUUUCGGACGCAAUCGACAGGGAGCAGGCCGAUCGCUGUACUCUGGAAAACAACACCCGCUCACUCCCCGCCAGCUUCUACAGCCUGCUCGAAGCGGUGAAGGCAUCCGACUCCCCAUCGCCAGCAUCGAGUAUAGAUCAACUCGCCACGGUGGCUCUCCAGCACGCUGGCGGAUUGGCCUUUGCUGCAAGCGCCCAGCCGGCAUAGCCAGGGACAUUACUGGUCAAUCCAAUAAAAAACGGGACACCCGUGAUUUUGGCGAUUGAUCAAAUA